AAAGAAAAGAAAAUUCAAAGGAAAACAAAAUCCAAACGGGACUUUAAAAAUCCAUGACUUUGAUUUCCACCAUUUCAGUGGGAAGAAAAAGAUCAGAUUAGAGAUAGAUAAACAUACUUAUUAUAGAAGAGAUUUGGAUUUGAAGAUUUUUGUGAUGGAAGGACAUUGUAGGAGAGAUGAAGGGAUGGCUAUUCGAAAAGGACCAUGGAUGGCUGAAGAAGAUGAAAUCCUGAUGGAUUAUGUGAAGAAGUACGGCCCACGUGAUUGGAGCUCGAUCCGGUCCAAGGGUCUGUUGCCAAGAACUGGUAAAUCAUGCCGUCUUAGAUGGGUUAAUAAGCUUAAACCCGACUUGAAGACUGGAUGCAAAUUUUCAGCAGAGGAGGAGAGGAUAGUGAUUGAUUUACAAGCACAAUUCGGGAACAAAUGGGCUAGAAUUGCAACUUACUUGAAGGGAAGAACAGACAAUGAUGUGAAGAAUUUCUGGAGUACAAGGCAGAAGCGAUUGGCAAGGCUUUUACAGACAUCGCCGCCACCCAGAGCACAGAAAAAUCAAGGGAAACUUCCCAUUUUUCAUCAAAUGGCUGCUUUCGAGCCUUCAAGACUAAGUUCUAUGCAAUUUCAAGAAGAAAUCUCCAAUAUCCAGUCUGGCAAAACUUCUUCAUCCAUGGGGAAUUCAGAUGUCAUCAAGAUGGUGCAGUUGCCAGAUCUAGUGAACCCAAACAGGCUUAAUGAGGAAACAGACAUUCCAUCCCUUGAAUACAAGAACAGUAACAACAAACCAUGCCCAGAUAUGACCCUACAAUUCCCCUUCACCCAACUCCCACCGCCAGCCUUGGACUUUCCACUGUUGGCAGAAAGUGAAGACCUCGUCACUGAAAUCAGUGACAACAGAUUCUGGGACAUGCUUUCGGGUAGAGAAAGUUGUUCAGAUACCGACAAUGGCCCUCGCUUCACGCUUGGGCUGCCAUUCUUCGAACUGGACGCAGGUCAUCAUGGCACCAGACAGGAAGACAACAUCCCAACAACCCCAGAUAGCUUCUUUGACGACUUCCCAGCAGACAUGUUUAACCACCUCGAGCCCCUCCCCAGCCCCUCGGAGUGGUAA